AUGGGAACUCCAAAAACGGGGGAGGCCCCGGAUGUCAAAGAACGAAAAAUGAUCUUCGAAGUUCUUCGCUUUCCCGACAAGGACAGCUGCAAAGUAGGAGAAGAGGAAGAGACAGGGACAGCGCUGGGGGCAGGGGCUGGGGGCAGGGGCUGGAGUAGGGACAGCGAUUCACUGACAAGAGAAGGGAAGGAUUUGGAGAGGCAACGAGACAGGAAAAGGGACAGGGACAGGGACAGGGAUCAGGAGACGAACAGAAACUGGAGCAAGGACAGGGACAGGAGCGUGGUUGAUAAAGAAACGAAGACUGGGAAAAGACAGAAAGAGACAGUCCUUGCGCGCGUGGGACACUUCCACACCUGUCCGAUAACUUCGGCCGGGUCAAAGACAAAACCUGCUUGUCUAAGACAUUUCGGUGAGGGUCACAGACAUAUCGGCAAUCGAUUCAGCAUUUAUGGCAAAGAUUCAUUACAGUGUCGACACAGAUAUUUCGACCCGAAUCAGUCGAUAUUCAGAGAAGGCGGUGUAUUGGCAACACUUACUCUGGACAGGGAACCUUGGAACGGCGAAAUAGGAAAUAUUACAACAGGCACAAAACACAGGAAAUCCACUGAACCCUUAUCGUCUGCUGGCAGCGUGAACGUUGGGCUGCGGAACGAACCGCCUCUUGUAAACAACGUCUGCUCGGCGAUGCGAGGUUUGAACGCCGGGCCCUCCGAGAGAUCCCUUUCCAAGAUGGAUGCUAAGUUUGAGAGUGAUGAUGAAACAGUGAAUGGGAGGGAUUAUGACCUAGAGAGGCAUAAAGCACAAGUUCUGGCAGAAGUGGAUGCCAUUUUUGGCUUUAAGCAGAAAAGUAGUGAGGCAGCAGUAAAUGAUGUUGCAGAAACAUCUAAAGGAAGUGCAGAGAAAGUGUAUUACAGAGAACAACAGAGUAGUGAAUAUAAUGAAUAUGCACACAACAGAGAAAAAGAAGUACAAAGCACAGGUUUUUCUGAACCCUUCAUGAUACCCAAAGAUACUAGAUAUAUGGUGAGUCCAAAGGAGGCAGCAGAAUACAGUGAAAGAAGUACUGAAAAUCAUGGAGAAAGAAAUGAACAGAGAGAGAUAGAUCCGACAGAAUCACAUUCCCAAGAAGCAAGUGAAAGAGUGGAAGCAAGUGAAAGAGCGAAUGAUGUGCCAAUGGAAACAGAAAAUGUGCACUAUCGACAGCUAAUGAAAUUUGACUUUGAGACUCCUGUUGAAGCUCUGGAUUAUAAGAAGUGUUUUCAAGAAAUGGCAGAUAAUUAUACAAAAGGAUGUAAAUGGUCUCCAGAUGGCUCAUGUCUGUUGGUUGGGAGUGUGGACAAGAAGCUGCGUCUCUUCAACCUUCCAAAUCCAGUGGCAAUGGGACAGUGUCUAGAUGAAUCUUGGCAAGCGGAAAGUGAACGAUACAACCUUCCAGCUGUUACAGUCCGGGAAAGAGAACUCAUCUAUGAUUAUGUGUGGUAUCCUCACAUGCGUUCUGAUAAGCCCCAGUCUUGCUGUUUUGCAGUGACUUGUCGUGAUCAGCCAGUCCAUCUGUGGGAUGCCUGGAAUGGAAAUCUUAUCUGCAGUUAUCAGUCCUAUGAUCACUUGGAUCAGUUGGUGGCAGCAAAGAGUAUCGGAUUCAGUCUGGAUGGGUCCAUGCUUCUCUGUGGCUUCAAGAAGACCAUCCGAAUAUUCCACACAAGUCGGCCUGGCAGAACUUUUGAGACUAUUGAUGCUAAAGGUCAGCCUGGAAUUAUAUCGUGUAUGGCCUUUAACCCACGGCUGCCUAACAUCUUUGUUGCUGGGAGCUACCUUGGCAAUUUAGGGUUUUACAACACAAGAAGGAACAAUCUUUUCUGCCGACUCGAUGGAUGCACAGGAGGCGUUACGCAGGUUGCUUUCUCUCCUUGUGGAAUAAAAUUGUUUAGCGGAACACGAAAGGACGAUGAAAUUCUCUGCUGGGACAUCAGGAAGUUAGGGACUAUUUUGUAUAGCUUGAAGAGGGAGAUCAGCACCAAUCAACGCAUCUAUUUCGAUUUAGAGCCACAACUCUGCAGGUUCCUUGUGUCUGGUGAGAUUGCAUAUUGUGGCAUAGUUAUGUGUUAUGGGUUGUAG